UAGCAACGCCACAUCACAUCAAGAAACAGACAUCUUCAACUGCUAUUUUAUUAUUUCAUUAUGGAAAAAUAAUGGCAAAAGAAAGUUCUGGCUGUUUCGCGUGGCUUAUCAGCCUUAAAAGAUCAUGCAAUGAGCGGUGGGCAAGGUUCAGAAACCGCUUCCGGCAAGGUUUUACGCCAGAAGAGGCCAAACUGUAGAUCCAGCCACCGUUUUGAAUGAAACAGGAACCAGUGACAUAGUCAUCAGUAAAACGCCUUACAAGUCAAACAAAAUAGUGCCACUAAACCAGGCUGCUAUGACAGUUCAAAAAGACAACCCAGAUGUCAUUGAAGAACAUGCACUAACUGCAGACGCUGACAAAGACUUUGACAAACUAGUUGGCGAGUACGUGUCCAGCAUUAUACACAGUGCUGCAGACGCGCUGAAGCAGACGUCGCUUAGCAACACAGUCGUCGUCAUGGAAAAUGUCGCAGACGACAAUGUGUCAUUGUCUUCAAGCAUUAUAAGCCAAAUGGCUGACACAGCAGUGACUGAGAGUUUGACGAAUAUACUAAUAGAAGCCGACAUCAACCACUCGGCCAUUUGUAAUGCCAGGUCUAAGACUGUCAACGAGCCUAGAGAUGCCUUUGAAGUUGUUUGCGGAAAUGUUGUUGAUGAUGACCUGCAAUAAGCUGUUUAUUAUUGUCCAAGUGGAAACUACAGGCCAGUCGCUCAGUGAUUUAUACAUGACUCUUUUAUCUUUUUUU